CCGACAGGUAGAUGCUAAAAAUUAAAAUAGAUGUGGAAUUUCGAGGUUUGGGAAAAAAAUACCUAUAUCCUUUUCAUUUUCUGAUAAAAACCUAAUAAAAUUUAAAAUAAUCAUGGUGUAGCAGUACGACAAGAAUACAUAAACUCACUAAAAAUGGCAUUAUUUGUAAAGCAAGAUUUUAGCCCACCACUUCUAUCUAAAAAAUGGAUUGCCAUGAAAACAAGACCAAAUAUGCUGAUAUACAGCAGACAACAUAUAAUUGCUAUAUUGGAGAGCGGGCUACUAUUUCGCGAAGACAGCAUUGAGGUGGAACAAGAGGCACCCGGUGAGGAAACAUCUUGGAAGAAGGCUGGAGGGACCAAAGCCGGUUGGCUUACGUCCGGGGAGAAGACAGUUGCGCUCAUAGCAACUACAGCUCUCAUUUUAGUUGCUCCACCGAAAAACUUACACCGAUGGACCCUGUUCCGUAUGGUCUCAUACCUUUUCAUUCCGCCCGUUGUGACCACCAUACACAGGACACGAUGUCGGGGCACUAUCGAUAUGCUGCUGGACUGUAUGAGAGACUAUAUGACGCUGGCGCGGAGAGCCACAGCAUGCUGUCGAGAGUAUGCAGCAUUACACGCAAAGUUAGCGUCGGUUGUAUCAGCCGUAGAAUCAACUCAAGCUCUGCUCAGCCGGCAACAGAGUGAACUCCUGCUGCUGAUGUCGAGAGCCACGUCAACACUUUUGGGAAACGUGCCAUGGCUCCAAGGGGAUGUUGUGUGCGAAUGGGAAAGCGACAAUCUCAUGAAAAUUCACCACGCGUUUCUUGUAGUCCAGUCUUCGCUAUUAAAGUAUAUCGCUUUGGCUCAUAUACCAAAUAGUAAAGCCAAAAAUAUAUACAAAAAUCAUAAUGAACGAAUAUAUUGGCUUCAUAAUGUACUAAUAGUUCACCUUAUUCAAGAAUUCAAAGAAAAUUAUGAAUCUCUGGAGCGUAUGUACAGAUUAUUAAAGAAUUACGGUACUAAAGAUGGCGAAAUUUCACAAAAGAAACCAGGACAUGCUAUAAAUACCACAUGGUUAUAUUCCGAUGUGCAUACAGGAGUUGCUAGGUCGUGUCUGGAAUUACGAAUAGCUCUGGACAAAUGCAAUAACCUUGACUUAUUUCUAGACUCUUGUGCCAUAAACAAACAAGAUUUAGAUUUAAAUGUGUUAGAUAAAGAUAUAGACGACAUUAUAGACGACGUUACUAAAUGCUUAUCUACCAUUCAGAGUUCGCAAAUAAGACUCAAGAAAAUGAAAAAUAAAUAUACUAUUAAUGAGGAAACCAAUAAAGUGGAAGAGGAGAAUAUAGAGACUAACAUUUUAAAAAUAGAGGACAAAGAACCAGAAAUAAAAGACGAAGUAUUUUACUUUAUCAAAACUGAUGAUGACUUAGUAACGCUUCCAGCCGGCGAUAUUACCACAGGGCCCGGAAAAAAGGAAAAAGAAGCUACCAAAAUUGUUUUAAAAGAAUUACAAAGAAAGUUAGUGAAACGAGAAGAUAUGAUGAGAGAAAGAGAAAGGCAGGCACUAUACAAAACGAUGCCUCAUUUGCAAAACUUUCCCGAGUUUCCUAGACAAAUGAAAUACGAGGAUUUCGUUGAGAGAAAAGGAUAUUUAUCUAAAAUACGUAAGGAGGAACACCCGAAAAACCUGAAACCCAAAAUUAGACACAAACAGAAAAGAAAUAUGAAGUUUAAAUUAAAAGUUUCGCUUUAUGAGCAAGAAAGUGAUAUAAUAGAUGUGUAUGAAGCGAAUUCCAGAUUAAAUUUUAAAAGUAAACUUUUAACUUUUAGGAAAGGAAAGAAAGAAAUGGAGAUUAUAAAAUGGCGCAAGAGUACGAAACAAAAUAAAAAUAACAUUGUUAAGAGUGACCUGUCCGAGCUUAGCGAUAUUCCAGUAGAAGUCAACCACGCGGAAAAUAAAAACGUUCACGAAUCCAGAAAUUAUAGAUUUACAAAAAAAGAUUUAGAGUUAUCGACAUCAUCGGAUAGUGAUUACGAGUACAAUAGGAUACAAAUUCUGAAAGAUGUAAGACGGCAUAGAGCCGCUAGAAAGAAGAACUACCCCGCCAAAAGAGCGUCAAUAGAUAAGGAAGAUGAGAGUCUCAAACCUAUAGAGUAUAGUUUUGGGACGGGUAUGGCAAUGGCGUCAGUAUUACAAGUGAAUAGUCUUGCGAAAAUACCGAACCUGUGUCAGGAGGAGGUCUUUAUUGGGGAUGGCGAGGUUUCUAACGAUAGUGGUAACGAUGAAGACGCUUAGGUGACUAAUCCAAUUAGUUAUUGUUAAUAAUCAUGUAUAAUAUCAGUUUAAAAUAUAACACAAUGAUUAUUAAACGUGGAUUGUUUCAUACA